UGUUUUAAACAGUGUUUCAAUCGAUAUAUAAAUAAAAAAAAAAUAUAAAUAUGCAACCAUUAAAGCGCUUCACCCAGUGCGGCAGCUUAACUAUGCUGUUUUGUGUUUUUUUAAUACUUUUUGGAGUGAGUUCUACUGCUUUAACUACCUUUGGGAAGACUAAUAACAGUCCAGCACCGACUCCCGGACCAAUUGUAAAAGGACGAGAAUGUGUAACUCAUGAUGAUUGUGUUACGAUAGAUAAAUCAAGUUGCGUUCGAGAUCCCAAUGACUAUAAAUUACGAUGCCUCUGUGGAGAUGAUACUGUGCCGAAUGGUGGUUAUUGUCCGGACGUAUCAAAAGGAUUGCGACAUACUUGUACUAGUAGUGGAGAAUGUGAAGAAGGAAUGACGUGUCAGUUGGAAAAUAGCAACCGAACUGUUGGCUUAGCAAAAUUCAUGUCGUCAAAGACAAAAUUAUGUCUUUGUGAUAAUGAUAGUGGAUACGUAGAAGAUAUUAAACUUGAUAUAUGUAACGAAGCAACUUCACUGAUCGCCAAGAACAUAAAAUUUAUCUUUUUAAGCACAGCUAUGCCUUUCAUUGUUGCCACCGUUAUAAAAAAUUUUUCUUAAAUUAAAAAUGAUAAAUAAACAUAUAUAGUCGUUAUAUGUGUUUAAAUAUAUACUGCAAUAUAAAUAGUUGGUUAUAAUGCUGCACAAAAAGCUAAUAAAUUCAAAUGUAAUUAAUUUUUUGGAUUCAGCUAUUUAAAACUCACAUUAGCAAUA